AUGGCGCGGUUUCCAGUAGCCCGGCUACUCCUGGCAUUGCUAGCAACGGCCUUCACCAACGCCCAAGUUGAUCAGGCGCAGUACAGCAUCCCUUGCGUGAUGCAAUACGUCGGCUGUGUCCUCAUCCCAAACUUCAACACGGCCUUCAGCCGUCUACUGGGCGACAAUGCUUUGACUCCCGGCAAGUGCCAGCGAUUCUGCAGCAAUCUUGGCUCGACCGGUUGCUAUCACUACCACGUGCGGAACCAGCAGUACCACUGCCACGACAUCGUCUUCAUCCUCGACGACGACCUCUCCGACAACCACAGACACGCCCUCGACAACGUCGUCACCGACUUUAACCUCCUCCGACUCCUCGUCACCGACUUCAACCUCCUCCGACUCCUCGUCAUCUUCGUCCUCCUCGACGACCUCAACGCCCUCAACGACCUCGACAACCUCAACAACCUCAACGACAAGAAGCAUCCCAACGUUCCCACACGAUACAUAGGCUGUGGCCCCCUAGAUAACUCCAUGGUCAGCGACGUCGAUCUCCUCUUCAACCCCUACGUGGCGAAUCAACCAGUCGAAUGUCAACAGUACUGCAAGACCAACAGGCGAACGAUCACCAUGAUGUCAAAGUUCCUCUGUAUUUGCAGUAUCCUGGUGCCGGGAGCGGUAACACCGUUUUCAUCGGAAAUUCCCCCAAACGAUAACUACUGCACAAAUCCAUGCAGCUCGUUCCCCUCGGCGCCUUGCGGCGCUAGGCGCCCCGGUGUACACCGUGUACGAGCUGGACGAGAGCCAACUCAACUCUACGAGUUCGAGUUCAUCUUCGACCAUCUCCUCUACUUCGACUACGUCUUCUCUUUCGUCGAGUUCAGUUGCUUCGGUUUCUGGAAGCAGUACAACAUCUGCGACAACUUCAAGCCAGUCAGCGACCUUGAGCACUUCAGCCUCGACUACACCAGUGUCAAGCGUUCCCAGCAGCGGAGGAUCAUCUCCUACAACUUUACCGCUUUCCUCAACGUCCCCUACUUCAGUCCCUUCUUCAGUCCCUGCUUCAGCCUCUUCUGA